AUGAAGCUGUUCUCUAUCGCCACCGCCUUGGUCGCUCUUGCCACUUUGGUGUCUGCACAGGAUGUUGACAAGCGCCUGGUCGAUAUCUCCGACACCCAAUUGGAAGUCAAGGAGGUCCACACCGGCCCCAACAUCGAUACUUUUGUUGUUACUGUCCAGCGCACCGACGACCUCCUCGCCGACGACGGCACCUUCCUCGCCGAGCGCAUCAUGUCCGUCGCCUUUGACUUUGACGUUCAAAACCACGAGGUCCUCUUGAACAAGGUCCCAUUGCUAUUGGAAUCAGGACAGCCCGAGGAGCCCGUCACGGUCACGGUCACUGUCGAGGCCGGCGUCGUUGUUGGCCCUGCCCUCGAUCCCGAGACUCCCAUGGAGGACCUCAUGGAGGCCUUUGACAUUGGCCUCGUCACCGUCCAGGUCACCGCCUCGACCGAGUUUGUCACCGCCGAGGAUGGUUCGAUCAUCCGUCGUGUCACCCUCCAGGAGUCGAUUGUCGAGGUCAAUGGCCACGAGAUCACCCAGACCGACGCCGCCCAGCAGGUCAUCGAGAUCAUGGCUGACGGUACCCUCGGCAGCUACACCCCUCUCGCCCUUGGCAACGGUUGCCAGGGAUCUGACUUGGACGAGGUCAUGAAGUCGAUCGAUGAUUGGUUCCGCUCGCUCAACUGGCCUGCCUUCUUGGUUGCUGCUGUGGUUGCUUUGUCGAUGUUUGUUGCCUCUGCCACGUCUCUCCGUGCCUUGAUCCUCAAGCGUCGCCAGGCCCGCUAUGCCAAGAUCCAGCAGGAGGAGGCUGUUGAGGAGUUUGUCCAGGUUGCCGUCAUUGACGACAAGAAGUUGUUGGAGGAUGAGAAGAAGGCCGACUUUUAA